UAUAGCUACAAUCCCCCCAACCUCCUUUUCCUCCUCCUGCCAUCAACCGCCUAACGUUGCUGUUCCAUGCCGAAACUGUCGUCGUCGUGGAUGGUAGCUCCCUCCAAGGAUACUUCCUCAAAGCCGUCCUCAGCCGCCCGUUUCACAAUUUUUACCGGUUAUAUUUUUCUCGGAUAAUCCUUGUUCGUACGAGCCCCUUCUUUCUCUCCAAUAUUACAGUCCUGAUAUCGCUUAUACACACCCAGUUUCGCCACACCUGGAGGAGUUCUUUUUGUUAUGGACCGAAACUUCAUUGCUAUGAGAAUUCAUGGUUCACCUAUUCGGUUUCAAAAUCUGUUGAUAUCAAGUUGGUUACACAGUUCGCCUCAAUUCUCCAACAAGCUUCAAAAUACCACUAGAUUUUUGUCUUUUCCCAUUCGACGGAGUAGUUUCAAGGUACAACUAGAUCCCAGGUGUCCUUCUGACUCUAUUGGAAUUUCAAUGUCAAAAGGCCAAUUUGGUCAUGAAUUUAAAAAUGUGGUUCAUAAUUUCCCAUAUAGAUGUAACUUUGAACACCAAAAGACUGAAGAUGCUAAGGGAAAUCAAGUAUGCUGGAGUAGCAAGAAGAAGUUGAAAUAUUAUUCAAGUAUGUUGCGUGAAUGUGCAUCAAAACGAUCUUUGGGUGUUGCUAAAGCCAUUCAUGGGCUUAUUGUGAAGAAUGUAAUUAAUCCAGAUUCCCAUUUGUGGGUUUCGUUGGUGAAUGUAUAUGCAAAGUGCAGGUACUCUGCAUAUGCUCGAUUAGUGCUUGCUAAAAUGCCUGAUCGUGAUGUUGUUUCUUGGACGGCAUUAAUUCAAGGUCUUGUAGCAGAAGGAUUUGCUAAUGAUAGUAUUUAUUUAUUUCAGGAGAUGCAAAAUGAAGGAAUCAUGCCCAACGAGUUCACUCUAGCUACUGGAUUAAAAGCAUGUUCUUUAUGCAUGGCUUUAGAUCUUGGAAAGCAGAUGCAUGCCCAAGCUUUUAAACUAAGAUUGUUACUAGAUUUGUUUGUUGGAUCUGCACUUGUUGACCUUUAUGCUAAAUGCGGAGAGAUUGAACUUGCAUCUAAAGUGUUUAUUGGUAUGCCUGAGCAAAAUGAUGUGACAUGGAAUGUUCUACUCAAUGGUUAUGCUCAAAGGGGUGAUGGGAUUGGAGUCUUGAAAUUAUUUUGUAGUAUGAUGGAAUUAGAUGUGAAGUGUAACGAGUUCACUUUAACUACUGUUCUCAAAGGUUGUGCAAAUUCCAAAAAUUUAAAACAAGGGCAGGUAAUCCAUUCCUUGAUUAUCAAAUGUGGGUAUGAAGGCAAUGAAUUCUUAGGUUGUGGAUUGGUAGAUAUGUACUCAAAAUGUCGGCUUGCAAUUGAUGCAAUAGGAGUAUUUAAGAAGAUUAAAAAGCCUGAUAUAGUGGUUUGGAGUGCCCUGAUUACAUGCCUUGAUCAGCAAGGACAAAGUGAGGAAUCAAUGAAGUUAUUUCACUUAAUGCGAUCGGGUGAUACUCGACCAAAUCAGUAUACUAUUUGCAGCCUUAUAAGUGCUGCUACAAAUACAGGAAACUUGCAAUAUGGCCAAAGCAUCCAUGCCUGUGUUUGGAAAUAUGGAUUUGAAACUGAUGUAUCAAUCAGCAAUGCAUUGGUCACGAUGUACAUGAAAAAUGGAUGUGUGCAUGAGGGUGCUAAGUUGUUUGAGUCAAUGGUUGAUCGAGAUUUGAUUUCAUGGAAUGCAUAUUUAUCGGGUCUUCAUGAUUGCGGAAUGUAUGAUCGUCCACUUAUUAUCUUUUAUCACAUGUUAGAGGAAGGUUUUAUUCCGAACAUGUAUACUUUUAUUAGUAUUUUAGGAUCAUGUUCUCGUCUUUUUGAUGUGCACUAUGGGAGGCAAGUGCACGCACAUAUAAUUAAAAACCAGCUGGACGAUAAUAAUUUUGUUUAUACAGCUCUGAUUGACAUGUAUGCCAAAUGUAUGUACUUGGAAGAUGCUGAUGUAGCUUUCAACAGGUUGAGUGUUAGGGAUCUUUUUACUUGGACAGUUAUCAUUACUAAUUACGCACAGACGAACCAGGGAGAAAAGGCUCUUAAUUAUUUCAGCCAAAUGCAACAAGAAGGUGUAAAGCCAAACGAGUUCACACUUGCUGGCUGUUUGAGUGCUUGCUCCUCUUUGGCUUCUCUAGAAGGUGGACAACAACUUCAUUCUAUGGUUUUCAAGAGUGGACACAUAAGUGAUAUGUUUGUUGGUAGUGCCCUUGUUGACAUGUAUGGGAAAUGUGGUUGUAUGGAAGAAGCUAAAGCGUUAUUUGAAGCUUUGGUUAGGCGAGAUACAAUUGCAUGGAACACCAUUAUAUGUGGAUAUGCACAAAAUGGGCAAGGCAAUAAAGCUCUCACGGCCUUUAGGAUGAUGUUAGAUGAAGGCAUAUCGCCUGAUGAGGUCACCUUCACAGGCAUUCUUUCUGCAUGCAGUCACCAAGGAUUAGUUGAAGAGGGAAAAGAACAUUUUAACUCUAUGUACAGAGACUUUGGUAUUUCUCCUACCGUGGAGCAUUGUGCUUGUAUGGUUGAUAUUCUAGGCCGGGUGGGAAAAUUUGAUGAGCUUGAAGAUUUCAUUCAGAAAAUGCAACUAUCACAAAAUGCACUUAUUUGGGAGACUGUCCUUGGAGCAAGCAAAAUACAUAACAAUUUAGUACUGGGGGAGAAAGCUGCAAACAAACUCUUUGAGCUUCAACCCGAGGAGGAGUCAAGUUAUAUACUACUCUCAAAUAUUUUUGCGACAGAAGGAAGGUGGGAGGAUGUCAAAAGAGUUCGGAGUUUGAUGUCUAGUAAAGGAGUUAAAAAGGAACCAGGGUGCAGUUGGGUUGAGGCAAAUGGUCAAGUUCACACAUUUGUGUCUCAUGAUUGUUCACAUCCGAAAAUUCAGGAAAUACAUCUAAAGCUAGAUGAGCUUGAUAGAGAGUUGGCAUCUAUACAAUAUGCGCCUAAAACUGAAUACGUGCUUCAUAAUGUUGGAGAAACAGGAAAAAAGGAAAACCUUCGAUUUCACAGUGAAAGACUGGCCCUUGGUUUUGCACUUAUAAGUACUAGCUCAAAGAAAAAAAUUCGUAUUUUUAAAAAUUUACGUAUUUGUGGAGAUUGCCACGAUGUCAUGAAGCAUAUAUCAAGUAUCACCCAUCAAGAGAUAGUUGUUCGUGAUGUUCGUAGAUUUCACCAUUUCAAGAAUGGUGCUUGCUCGUGUAAUGAUUUUUGGUGAUGUGGCUUCCCUAUGGAUUUUAUUGUUGAGCCGGAUUAUUGUUUUUGUUAGAUUUAGUGGGCUUGGCUCAAGGGAAUAUUUAACCUAAUAUUCUUUCCUUUUUUUUAAUUCCUCAUUGUAGCCUAUUUAUUUCCCCCUUGUAUCAUUUGUUAACAUAAGAAAAUAAUAAGAGAGAUUUGAACUGUGGUUUUUCUCCCUAAACUAGGGUUUCCACAUAAAACUUGUGUUUGUUUUUCGUUUCUAUUUUCAAUAGUUUUGAUACUGAGGAAGCUUGUUCAACCAAUCACAGUUUCUGCACUUAAGUAACUUGGUUUCUUUUAAGGGUGAUGUCUAUCCAGGUCUUUACAGUGAAACAAGUUCAGAGUUCAACUUGGCUCUUUCAUUGGGGUACUACUUUUGAUUCCUUUUUGUCAACCAUUGAUAGUAGAAGCAUUGUGGUUUCUAUGGCAAGGUCGAAUCAUUUUGAUAUCUGCUCAAAACAAUUCAAUAUCAUUUUGCAUGAACACAUUCAGUGAGCGAAAUGAUUUGAUUGAGUAGAAAUUAUAUGCAACUAUGGAAACAAUAAUUUCAUAUUCUGUAGUUUUAUUUUCAACUAGGUCAAGCUAAAUUGAAUUGCAACAAUGUAUUUUGUUGGUGAUAUAUAAUUAAAUUUGCCUCCAACCACAACUUAAGCUUUUGGAUGAAUUAGCAAUUUAAUAUGUUAUAAAAAAAGAAAAAAAAUAUAUAUAUUAAACUGCCAAUUCACUCAAAAGCUUAAACUGUGGUUGAAGGCAAAUUUAAUUAUAUAUCACCAACAUAUUUUUGUGCGUUUCUUAAAUUUUCUGAUAAAGUAGACAUCCUUAACAUGUAUAUGAUCAAGUAAACAUUUCUACUAUCAUUAUUUUUUUUUACUCUACUUGUAAGUGAAUGAUAUCUGGACUGCAACAUGCCUUAAAUUCAAUGGCGUGUAGUUUUGUACUUGAUAUUGUUUAUGAUCUUUUAAAGUAAGUAUGAUUAAAUGUUAUUGUUAAUGAAAUUGACAUGCAUGAUAGCUGAGUUAGAUUAGUUUCACUUGUUUUAUGCUAUGAGUGAGUUCCUCUUGAACUAUGCAUGAUUCUCUGAAAAAACAUAUAAACUAUGUAUUUUUAUAUCUAUUGGUUGACGUUGUAACCCAUUAAUUUUUCACCUUUUCAACUGUCAACUUCUUCUAUCUUGGAAGGUGCAUGUUACUAACCUCUCUCUGGACAUUUGAAGUUGGAGAGUGCACAUAACAAUAGAGUUUCAUGCUUUCAAGUGGAAGCUUAAUAAAGUUGAUUUUUUUUUUCUAUAUAACUAUAGAACCAUUUAUAGUUUUCUAGAGCUUGGUUCUCUUUUUUAUUUUAAUUCAAACAACUGCCUUGUGCUUUCUAGAGUUCAAUUAUCCUCUCUUUGCACUUAUGGUGAAAAUAUUUGCUCUCAACUCACUUUUGUGACAGACAAAUCUGCUAUGGGCAACAGUAAAAAAUGGUGCUGUCAUGUCAACUCUAGAGGUCAUUUUCUCCUCGGUUCUUCAUUUGGUAGUUGGAGAUCUUGUUAGAAACCAAGGUAGCUAUCUGGAUGUUUUUGUCCCAUUGGUUAGAAUGAGAUGACCAUCAUGGUACUUAAGUGACCCGGCUCUCCCACCCCAAUAGUUGGUUUUUGAGUUGUGGUUCUCCAAGGUGCUUAAGUACCUAACAAUGUGGUAUGAAGCUGGUUGUUGACGUUCUGGAGUGGAACUGACGAAGGGUUCUAACCAGGUGUGGCCCUGAGUGAAGUACCACAGAAGUAGCCACCAAGAUGUUGGCCUUCUAUGAAUGGGGUAUUGUUAGGAACCAAGGUAGUUAUGGGAUGCCUUUGUCCCACAUAUGUGGUACUUAAGUGACUUGGCUCUCCCAUCUUAAUAGCUAGCUUUUGGGGUGUGGUUCUUUCAGGUGUUUAAGGACCGAAUAGGUCUACGCCAUCAUAACAAGGAUGGAAUUUACGGAGACAUUUGCUUAUGCUGAAAUUGUGCAGCCAACACUAUAACCUACUUGAUAGCACUAAUGGAGUGAAGGUUGCAAAAUGUAAAACGAUAUCCGUAAAGAAUAAAAUGAAGCAUGUCUAAUUGGGAUGAGAAACGACCUUUUACAAUUCCUGAUGGACUUGGGCUCUCGUUACCAGGCGGGGAUCGCAGGUUCAAUGGACAUUCAUUGCUGCAUAAUUACCAUUAGGUACGGGCUCAGCCACUGCAGUUUAGAUAUCGUACUCUCUUUGGGUAUCCGAUUGUGAGGCUUUUUGUAAUUAUCCUUCUAUGCCUUUAUUUUGUUUAAUAGGAACUCACUUUUAGGGGGUAAUUGGGCUCCCUGAUGGGAGGCUUUUGUUUCAAAAUUUCCCUUGUAUUUCCUUCAUUUUGUUCUCAAUGGAAAUGUAUCUUUUUAUUAUAAAAAUGUUUAGCUUUUAGAUUUUUGAUUUCCCUCUAAAACUAAACAGGCUCCUUCCA